AUGCUUCCCGACGAGAAUGGCCUUGACGCCUGGCUACGGUAUGCCCCGUUAGCUUCUGAUUUGAUCUCACAGUCCGAACAAUAUGAGAGUGUCAUUGCGUUGAGUAGCGACGAUACUAGCCCUGUUUAUACUGCUGCAAGGGAGGUUCAGAAAGGAUUACAUGGAAUCCUCAAGCAAGAGGUUGAGAUUGCCCAUAGUCUCGCCUCUUACAGUCAGAAGGACGAUAAAACUGCAAUUUUUAUUGGGACUAUUCAUGAAUUCUCGCAGGCGGGCGGAGAUGUUACACAAAUUCCGCCUCUGAAAGAAGACGGCUUCUGGCUUGAUAACCAUGGCAAUAAAAGCGUACACAUUUUGGGGCAAAAUGAGCGUGGAACCUUAUACGGCGCCUUCGAAUUUCUGAUGUUGCUUGCCCAGGGCAAACCAUGUCCUUCCGGUCAUAUCUCCAACCCUAGCGCGCCGAUUCGAUGGGUCAAUCAAUGGGACAAUUUAGACGGUAGUAUCGAGCGCGGAUACGGAGGACCAUCUAUCUUUUUCAAAGACAUGGUUGUUCAAGAUGACCUAACUCGUGUCUCUCAAUAUGCUCGACUUAUGGCUUCUGUCCGAUUGAACGGGAUUAUCGUCAACAAUGUAAACUCGCAUCAUGACCUGCUCAGUCCAAAAAACUUGGAGGGUCUUGGGCGAAUCGCGAAUGCAAUGCGUCCAUGGGGCGUGCGUAUUGGUGUCGCACUCUUCUUUGAUACUCCCAAGACUCUGGCCGGUCUGCCGACGUCUGAUCCACUAGAUCCCGAUGUCAUUGCGUUUUGGGAUCGGAUUACUGCUCAAUUGCAUCAACAUGUCCCCGACCUCAUUGGAUACCUGAUCAAAGCCAAUUCCGAGGGCCAACCCGGUCCACUCACCUAUGGACGGACAUUAGCCGAGGGAGCAAAUCUAUUUGCGAAUGCCCUUAAACGCUAUGGCGAUGGCGUCGUGGUCUAUCGGGCUUUUGUAUACAAUCACCAUCUAGAUGAGUCCAAUUGGAAGAAUGACCGAGCAAAUGCAGCGGUUGAAUUCUUCAAAGAUAUGGAUACCUUAUUUGCGGACAAUGUGCUGGUGCAGAUCAAAUAUGGGCCAAUCGAUUUUCAAGUUCGCGAACCGACUUCCCCGUUAUUCGCCCACCUUCGGAAAACACCAGCUAUUAUUGAAUUCCAGGUGGCGCAAGAAUAUCUAGGUCAACAAAGCCAUGUCUGCUACCUGCCUCCUCUUUGGAAGACGAUCUUAGACUUUGACCUUCGGAUCGAUGGGAAGUCCUCACCUGUCCAUAAAAUCGUCUCGGGUGAGCGGUUUGACUGGAAACGAAGUGGCUAUGCAGCUGUUGUGAAUGUUGGUAGUGAUUCAACGUGGCUGGGAAGUCAUCUUGCAAUGUCCAAUCUGUACGCCUAUGGCCGUUAUGCUUGGGACCCAUUGAGUGAUGCAGAAAGCGUUAUUCGAGACUGGACACGCUUAACUUUCACUGCUAACCCGACAGUUGUCGACACCGUAUCCAGCAUCUCCAUGGAGUCUUGGCCAACAUAUGAGAACUAUACUGGCAAUCUUGGGAUUCAGACCCUGUGUGAAAUAACGAAAACAUGCCAUUAUGGUCCUAGACCCGAUUCAAUGGAUGGAAAUGGCUGGGGCCAAUGGACCCGAGCUGACGCUCAUGGGAUCGGCAUGGAUCGCACAGUCGCUACAGGUACGGGAUACGCAGGACAGUAUCCAGCUGAAAUUGCACAACUGUAUGAGAAACUUGAAACCACUCCCGAUGAACUGCUCCUUUGGUUUCAUCAUGUGCCGUACACACAACGGCUGAAGUCAGGCAAGACUGUAAUUCAGCACUUCUACGAUGCACAUUACGAGGGAGCUGCCAACGUGCAGACAUUUGCACCUAGGUGGGAGGCUCUCCGCGGACUAAUUGAUGACGCUCGUUUCAAGCACAUCUUGUUCCGACUCGAAUAUCAAGCUGGUCAUUCGCUUGUGUGGCGUGACUCAGUCAACAACUUCUAUAUGGACAAGUGCGGUAUCGCUGACGAGCAUGGUCGAGUCGGGCACUAUCCAUGGCGGAUUGAAGCCGAAUCGAUGGACUUAACGGGAUAUACCGUAAUUCUUAUCACGCCGUUUGAAGCAGCCUCUGGCGGCAAGGCCAUUGUUACAACAUCAAACGACAAACCAGGAACAGCCAAAUGUACGAUACCGUUCGAGACCGGAGUUUACAGUGUUGCAGUAAAUUACUACGAUCACCUCGGCGGUACAUCACAUUAUAAACUGUCACUGGGAGGCCAGGUCAUUGGCGAAUGGGCAGGCGAUUUGAGCACUGUGCUGCUACAUGACUUUUCAGAUUUACGGGAUGGCCAUUCCGCGACACGGAUUAUUUUUGAAUCCGUCAAUGUGACCAAAGGGGAUACGCUUGAAAUUUCAGGAAUGCCAGAUGGGACCGAGCUGGCGCCCAUAGAUUAUGUUUCCUUCUUGCCUCCAGGUAUAGUAGACUAG